ACCCCUCAUCGCCACGUCCAGCGUCUACCAGAUCAAUGCGGGGCGAUCUGAAGGCUUUGACCUGCAAUCUCCUCUGUCCGAGAGGACGAUGUCCGGACCUAAUAUCAGAGACAAGACCACGGUGGUGACGCUGGCCAAAAUCUCGUCGAACGACUACGUGGAGACGCCAGGCACGGGCGACUGGGAAGACGUGCACGACGAGUACAACCACUCAACGUCCUUUGGGUGGCGCGGUACAGGCCUCCGCGGACACGUCUUUGCAGACGAGCGCAACGAAACGAUCGUGCUUUCGCUGAAGGGGACCUCGCUAGGGAUCAUCGACCGCGGCGCCCUCCAUGACAAGGUCAACGACAACCUCUUCUUCAGCUGCUGCUGCGGGCAGGGCGGGCAGCGGCUCUGGCGCCAGGUCUGCGACUGUUCCCUGCCCGUCGUGGCCCCUUACACGGCCAAUGCAACCUGUCUGGCGGCCGAGGUGCGCAACCCAGAUCGCUACUACAUGGCCUCCCUGGAGCUGUACGCCAACGUGACCGCCCAGUAUCCGACAGCCACCAACGUCUGGCUGACGGGCCACUCGCUGGGCGGCGCCAUCGCCGCUCUUCUGGGUAUGACCACAGGUCUACCGACAGUCACCUUCCAGGCGGUGCCGGCGGCGCUGCCCGCCCAGCGGCUGGGACUGCUGCUCCCGCAGAGCCGGGGGGAAACGGUCGGCACGCACGUAUAUAACUUCGGCCACACGGCGGACCCGAUCUACAUGGGGGCGUGUAAUGGGUAUGGCUCGACGUGCACCUGGGCCGGGUUCGCGUUUGAGUCGGUGUGCCACGCGGGACGGAGGUGUGUGUACGACACGGUCGCCGACAAAGGGUGGGGGAUGGGAAUCAGCUCGCAUCGCAUCCUGACCGUGCUGCGCGAGGUGCUCGAGGUCUACGAUGAGGUGCCCGCAUGCGAGUGGGAAGAUCCAGAAUGCGAGGAUUGCGGUAUGUGGCAGUUCAUGUAGAGGGUAACCAGAGAAGCCAAGAUGCUAUGUUCAAUAAUUCAUGCCGUAUACCUCUUGCACCCUCCUGCUUCACCAGGCUUGCAAUCUCGUCGCUGU